UAGUAUAGCACGUGUAUUUGUUUGUUUUCUGUUGCGGUUACUUUGGCUCAAACCAUUUUCUUUUGUUUCUUCGAUUAGUGCUACCGGUACUAGUGGUUACGAACUGGAAAUUUAUUUUCAUAGUGUCUCGUAGUGCCAAGCAAUGUGUUAUCCGAAUCAUGCUGACAGUAAUGUCGUAGAGUGCAUCUUUUAGGAAUCCUGCUCAAAAUUGUGUGUGUUGUGAAGUCUGAUUUCGGUUUUGUGCUGGCCGUAUAUACAAGAAUACUCAAGAAGACUAGUGUUUCCGAUACAAAAUAAACAAAACACUUUCAGGCAAACCCCGAAUGCAGUAGGCGCAGCCCGGUUACGUUGCACGUUUGCCUUGGUAACGCGUUUGUUGAAAGUCAACAGAAAGGGAACCCCCAUUCGCUGCGAAGCUAACCUGCUAACAGCAAACAGCAGUGUGUGUCAACGUUUGCAAUCCAAGGAACGAACGAACGGGGCUGAGGAAGCAGCUAUAGGAGCAGAGUGCCACAAAGAGGAGCGUCCUGUUUUCCCAUCCUGCCAGCACUGCAUACCGCACCGAGAAGAAGGUCCAUCGUGAGAAGAAAGGACGAGCAAUCUUGAGUCCUAUCAAACCAUCAACGCAAGCGAACCGCGCGAGGAAACAUUUUUAAAAAUGGUGCAGGCACUAGACGAGUACGACAUUCAGCCGGAUCUCCCGCAGGCAUUGCGAUUGCUGGAUGAAAUGAACAACAACUUUCAGCAGGUGUCAGAUCUGGUGGGCAACAUGCUGCAACGGGUGAAAACGGGCGAACUAUCGACCGAGUACGGACUAAACUUUCUCGAAAUCAAGUACCAUAUGCUGCUGAACUAUCUCAUCAAUCUGACGUACGUGGUGCUGCGAAAGUGUUCUGGACACCGAAUCGAGAAGGAUCCAUCGAUCGACCGGUUGAUUGAAAUACGAACCGUGCUGGAAAAGAUACGACCCAUCGACUACAAACUGCGUUAUCAGAUCGACAAGCUGGUAAAGACGGCAGUUACGGGCAGCAGUACGAGCACAGCCGAUCCUACCGCAUUCCGCGCAAACCCGGCCAACCUUAUGUCACAGAUGCCGGCACCGGGAGAAGAAGCCGGUGCAGGUAGUACGGCAGCUGGGGAAGGUGAUGGUCCUGAUACAGAUGAAGGUGCCGAUUCGGACAGUUCCGCCAUGGUGAUGCUAAAGCUAAAGCGUGCUAAGGAAGCGGCCAAAAAGGGAGGUGGAGCUGCCCGUGGUGGCAGUAGCGGUGGUGACCGUGAUGACGGUGCUGCACGACGUAGUAAGUCGGACGUGUACGUGCCACCGAAACUGACAUCGAUGCCGUAUGAAGAAGAUACGAAGGCAGAUCGGGCACGAAAGCAGCAGGAAAGAGCAAAAAAGCAUGCCCUCGGCUCGUCACUGAUACAGGAUCUGAAGGACGAGUAUCUGGACACACCGGUUGAGCUGUCCAGCAGUUCCCGUGCACAGCAAAUGCUAUCCCGACGUGAGCGCGAACGGGAGGAAUAUGAGGAGACGUAUCUUACGCGCCUUCCGAUUACGAAAGCGGAUAAACACCGCAACAGGAAGCUAACGACGCUCGCUUCACUGGGCGACGAAUUGACCAGCUUCACCGACAUAAGUGUGCUCAACGAGGACUAUCCUUCAACGUCUACCGGUGGUACAGGAGGUGGCAAAAAACGUAAAGCCGGAAAAGUGAAUAAAAAGCACGGUAAGAAACGCCGCUUCCGUUAACCAUUUCGCGGGGAGUUGCAGUAAAUAGAGUGAAAACUACCAAGGACAAACAUCGUUUCAAUUCACCUUCUGUGUUUUCAAACAAUCAAAACUCCAAACGAGAAUUGUUAAUUUUUACGCAACUGUAAACAGUGGCCAGUAGUUUACUACUGGACAUUUUGUACUUUUUCGUUCAUUAGUUAAGGAAUCUACCGUUUUGGUUUAUUAUGAUUGGAUUAUAUGCUUUAGGUGUAACAAUUCGUAUGUUUCAGUUUGUUUUUGUUAGUUCUAUGAAUAAAAUUGUUUAAAAUUUUGUUGAAAGUUUACACUAUCAAACAUGAUUUAAUUUAGACAGUUUUCAGAUCAAUAUGGCAGGAUCAGGGAAUUAAACAACCAUAUUUAGUGUCCAAAACAACAGAUGCUACGAUAGGUCCUUUAGUAAACGUUACUAAUAUUUUCACAGGCCGGAAGACGGCAAAACAUGAGAAGCGACAGAAAGAAGAUGAGAGAGCUUGAGGACGUGUAAAAUGUAAACAGAUGUAAAGAAUAACAAAAUCACACGAGAAAUAACGUUAAAAAAGAAGCCUUUUAUAAUAUAUUUAUAAGAGAAUAUUUUUUCUCCUUUUUUCAAUAACACUAAAACUGGUAAAACAGAAGAAGAAAAAAGAAAACUAACCACAAAUUGAUCCAAACAAGUAUACAAAUAGAAAUGCGCUGAUAUCACACAGCACUGAAACGCAGAACAUUCUCUGAUUGGGCAUAAAGAAUGCCUUAGUUUCGUUUACCACAUACAUUCGUUAUUAUUUCCUUCGUUGGGCGUUCGUUUUCGAGAAGCAAGAUAUACAAACCCUAGUUAUAAUGAAAUAGAACUAACAUGUAUAAUAGAAAUAUGCAAACGAACAACAAUAAAACUGAGAAUAGUUAAUAAUAUGAAAUGAGACCUUUAUGUUGUUUUCUAGCAUUAAUACAAACAGUUCUGUGGACGAUAAAGUGUAAAAGCAGCACUAGAAGUAUCUAGGCAAAGAUGCAUUUGUUAGCAAGAGAACGAUACGGAUGAUAAGAGAAGGAGACCCGGUCGAAGUGAAAGGAAGAGAGAUGUUAAGAUAAGAUUAACCAUAUUGUUGCCUUUUUCUAUAACAGUACGUAAGGAAAGAGAUUUCUUAUAAGAGUUUAGCAUGCUAAAAUGUGGAACAUUGCCGAAAAUAGACUACAUAGACAGAUUAAAGAGUCAAAGAAAAAUGAGAUAUCAUUUUAACGAAUAAAAAACGAAUGAGAGAGAAAGUGAAUAUAGCAAAGGGAAGAUGAAAAGGCACACAGAAUGAAAUCAGAAAAAUAACAGAACGAACAUAACUAUUAUGAAAAAUAAAGAACGUAAAAGGAUAGGAGAAAUACACGUGAAAGAGCAUUACGAUAAAAGAGACAGGGUAAGAAAAUGCUAGAACGCAAAGAGGGUUUAUAAAUUGGACUGGUUUGCUGUAGCAGCACGUAUAUACAACUUUUUACUAAGCAAGUGUUUACGAAGGUUAAUUUUUGUUUGAUGUUUUAGAUUGAUUUAACUUUAAUGCGCAAUAUAAACGAAGAUCUAUUUCCUACAGAUACCCGUAGAUAGCCGUGCGGGACACGUUCAAGUAAAGACAGAUCCACAAAAAAACUCACAAUACCAAAACCUCAACAGAAGCCGAAUACGAACGCCCGGUUGAAGGAAACAAUGAACGAGCUAAGAGACUACAUUAAGCAAAGAAAUAAUUCAAACGAAUGUGUAACGAGUUUAAAUAAUGCAAAACCAACGAGCAGACGAUCUAUAACACACCACGACUGCUAAAGAAAUGUGUAAAAGUAACUCUAAAGAUGAAAUAAGUGUGGCUGGGAAAGUGUCUAAUUUUAAGCUUACUGAAAUGUUAUUUUCUUCGGUUAACCUUUUUCUUCUUUCGCAUAACGGAUAAUGUUUUAAACUGUUUUGCAAUCAAUUUGUUUUCAAAGGAUUUUCGUUUUCCGUUAAAAGCUUAAACUCUUUUACGUUUGAAUGAUUUGUCAUAAGCACUUACUAAUAGUUUCACAUUGUUUGAUUUUUAGCUUGUUAAAUUUUACCUACUUUUUGCUAUGAUUGUGUUACGUCAAAUAAUAGUUUAAAUUGUUUCAUGUUAACUGUAAUAAUUUUCGUUCGGUUUAAAACAUUUAUUUACGUUCAUACUUUUUAAACUAGAGCUACAUUGAAUAAAGUUUUCUUAUGAUUUAUCUUAGUAAGAAUGUUUUUUUUUGUAAUUGAUCUUAAUAUAAGUUUGAUAUUUUAAUUAAUUAUAAUUCCUGUUUAUUAUUUAGAUAAAAAAAACACUCUUCUUCAUCUAGCAAAGUGAACAGAAAUUGUUUGAUUGCCAAUUAAUUAACUAUUGUCUCGCAUUGCAUUACAAUCAAAAUAUGCCAAAAUGCAUUACCCACCCCACCGGGUAUCGUGCAUGUGGAGACGCGUCAUGGUUUUUGUUUUUAAUUUAAAUUAUAUUUCAAUUUAUCGCGCGUGUGUCAUUAUUGCACAAAUGGAGCAGCAUCAAAGCGACCGGUCGGUCGGUCAUAAAAUCAAUCAAAUGCCGCUAGGCAAAGCAGCGUGAAUGUCGUGUAAUGUGGCGUUUGAAGCUUCUGGCCCGUUUUACACAUUCCACUGCCUGAGAUGCGUAUAUGUGUGCGUAUGUGUGAAGGUGUAUUCAUUAAUUAAAUUAAUUAACGAAUAAUUGCAUGCGAACAAACAUAUCAAUACACAGCACGCAUUUGGUUUGUAGGGAAGGGAAAUCAUUGCCGACAAAAAAAAGGUAUCCAACAAAAUGGAGAGAAAGCAGCUGGCUAACAAAUAAUAAUGAUUGCAUAUAUUGUGACGUUACCGUACAGUGCUAGCAGCAAGUAGUGGAUGAAUGUAUGCUCAUCAGGAUAGUUGGAUGCAAUUUUUACGGAAAACACAGGUGCAUAAAGUACCCACCCAUUUCGAAAUACCUUUUGUGUGCCAAUUCAUGUUACCGUUCGUUCGUCAUGCCUCGUGCAACAUACGGUGUCCGACGUGCCCAAUCAAUUAAUCAUCAUCAUUGAAGAAAAACUUCACUUUGCAUACCGCCUUCGUUCUUCUCCCGGUGUCCCGCAUUCCAACAGUGCACUGUUUGCUCAUUAAAUGUACGGCAAUUUGAACCGUUUCACGGUCAGUGAAUGCAGAAACAGUGCAGCGUGGUGGUGGAUGUGGUUACCGAUAAAUCUACACCCAUGCCCUCUUUGACUUUAAAUGGUUACCAAUCAAAAUUACCAAUCCUGCGUGCAGAUCAAGCGAGAUAAAUGACGGCAUUACAGUGCAACUGGAACCUGGAGUGUGUAAAUAUUACUAUGACAAUGCCGUAUAGAAGGCACCGAACAGGAGACGAUAAGAACAAUAAGCAUUUGUACAUUUUAUUAAAGAAAAAAAAGAACACAAAUGCAUUGCACAUGCAAAAUGGUAACAGACGGUACUAUGGUUGGGCACACAAAAGCGACAACGAUAUGAUAUAGGACACCCACGGCACGGUGGUUUGAGUAUGGGGCACACCCAUGAAUAAAUUUCCCAUUCAACCGGAAUCGCAACAAGCGCCAAUGAUCUGAUUAAUAUUGAUGCAAGCAAGCAAGGCAAUUAAUAAUUAUAAUUUUAAAGGUGUUUCGUUCUGUCGAACCUUCCGUUGGGCAAUUAUCAAAAAAAAAAAAAAAAAACAAACAAAUUCCACCGCGUGGAAAAUGUUGUAACUGCGUGUACUGUAGGCGGUAAGCGGUACGAAAUAUCUGGACGAGCGAAAUGGAAACGAAAAAUCCAACGUUUUUGGCAAAAAUGUUUUUCGAAUAUGCAUUUGGAAGCAAAAAUUAUACGCGAGUGAAAAAGAAUUGAAGAAAAUUAAUUUGGGAAGUGCGUAAUGAGGUUUAGAUUUUAAGAAGGACCAAUGAAUGCCUCAAAAAAGUUUGAGAUCCAAAAUUUAACUCCAAAAUUUGAAAUAAUUCCACUCGAAAUUCUACCCACCGGGGGAGAAAUAGUUUUGACCGUUGGUGAAUCAUUAGUUUCUAUAGGAUGAAGUAAAGUAUUAUAUUACUCAUACCAGCAUCCAAAAUAGUGAUUCGAAAUGAUUUAUAAGACCUGUUAAAACUAUAAAACCCCGUGGGGAAGAUAAUAGAAAGCAUUUUUGAAAAUUACUCGAACAAGUAAAUUCAAAAUUAAUCAAAAAUUCUGGUAUAAAUACUAAAAUGGCUCGUCCGACUAAAUUCCGGUCGGAAUCGAUCAGAUGGUAAAAUUUGGAAAAAAAUUACCACAUACACACACACAGCAACACUCUUUCGAUUUGUUGAGUAUAUCUCAAACAAAUGUUCUAGUUUUACGUCUAUUGUGUUUUUCUCCCAUUUUGUGACCGUAAGGUUUAAAGUCGUUUUUGUGUAGUGCUUUUUUCUGCUCAUAGUUUGUUUGUCCUGUUUGUUAAGUCGCCGUGAAUCGUAACGUUUAAGUCGUAUUGAAGUUCUUAUAAAAAAUUUAGUAUAAAUUGUGCCGUGUGUAAAUUAUUUUAAUUUUAGCAGGAUUUUGUCUAAUGGCACGUUUGAUUGUGUACUUUUCUAUAAAAAAAAUUAAAUUUUUAUAUCUAAAAUUAUGCUUCAUGUAUUGUAAAGGAAGAAAUGGCAAACUAUCGAUUAGCUUUUAGUUUAAUGUUGCAAAUUAAACCAAACACACAUCGUGUCCUAUAUGUGAGCUUGCAGGCAUAAUUACAAGUGAUGGUGAUGUGGUGGCAUAAAAAUUAAAAUAUUUAAAAGCAUGUCGUUCUUUACAUUAAACUCUAGGUGACAAAAUUACGAAUCAUGAGCAAUGAUAUCUGUUUUUUUUUUGCUUUAUUUUCAACUGCUCUUAUCGCGCUGGAAAAUUUUUAACUAUUAAAUGCAAAAAUUUAAACUGGUUGAAUUGUUUUGGGGUUUGGGUUCGAUGGAGCAUUGGUUCCGGUACCAAUGAAACGUCGCCCAACAUUAACGCUUCUGUGCACCAAUUGUUGUACGGCGCCCACUGUACCGAAGGGGGUGGUUUUAAUUUCUUUUUUCUCCCUUUCCAUAUCUCCCCAUUCAGCAGGUCAUAUUUUGUGUGUGUUCCACGGGUCGUGGUUGUUUGUUCAGGUUCGCUUGAGUAACUGGAACGAACGGUUCUGAUAUUUUUUUCCCAUCCCAACUUUUUGGUUUUGAUUCUAGAUGUUCUCUCGCUCUCUCACGGUCAUGGCGUUAAUCAGCGAAGGUUUGUCAAAUGAAGCGUAACAGCGUGAAUCCCCGGAUAUCGAUACGGUCGAUUGACGGCCGGACCUUUCGUAUCGGGGAACGAAUUCUUUUUUCGCCGGGUUUUCUCGGUUCAUUCAACAUUCUUUUUGCAAAAAAAAAACUCCCUUUCAUUAAAAUAAAUUUUACCAAAUGGAAAGUGGGAGAUAGAGAGAAUGAUUUUCAAUUUUUAAUUUAUAAAAAUGCGCGUACUACCGGUUUAAUUUGGAUCACUGAAUGGACAUGACAUAGCGAGAAAGUAUUAUUGUUAGUUUUCCCAAAAAAAAACAGUAAAAUCUUCAACAAAUGUUCUAUCUAAAAUGAAUGUUUAAAUUGUGAGUGAACACACGAAACAAGCAGCAUUAUCUAAACCUAAGGAAGGUCAAUAGAUUCCCGUGGGUCACUUCAUCCCUCGGGAGGGGUUAGAAAAGUGUAAAAUGGUAAAGGGAUGGCAUGAUGAUGGACCAAGAAUGAAGGACAAUUUUCGCUUUGCGCUUUGCUUGAUUGAGUCGAAAUUUGAUUAGUCGAGUGAAUUAUGCCGCUUUGGUGGCGCAUUUUUUGUCUUUGUUACUUUGUCCGUGUUAUGAAACAGUCCCAUGUUUUUACCCUUGUUAAGAAGUAAGGAUGAAUUCCGCAUCCCAAAAGUCAACAAUUGGAGGAAGUAAGAAUUUAGAACGAGUACAACAAAAAAAAAAACUAAACUCUGCUCAUUUUCUUGGAAUAAUGAGGUAGAAUGGUGUAUUUCAGGAUUUUUUGCCUUGUUUAUUAUCUUGUUCGGUUUUGUUUUGUUGGUGAUGUAUAAUUUUCAUCACUGAUUGUGUGCUUGGCGCACGGGAACAAAGCAUAAUGUUCGUCAAACAGCACCCUAAUGGCUUUGACUGUUUAGAAUUGAUGAGAUUUUUUUUCUUUAUGAUUGAGUCUUUUUAUCUUCAGACCUUGAGAGAGAAAAAAAAUAAUAAAUUUAAAAUUUAGGAUUGUUUUUUCCUUUUUUUUGCAAGAUUAAAAAAAUGGCAUUAGAGUGUUAAGCAUUUUUCUGAUAUACAAAAAAGGGAGAACAAAAUUAAGAAUAAUGAUUUUUAGAACGGAGAGUGUAAGAUCAUUAACUAGAAUGUUAAUUUGUCCCGUCUCGCAAUCGUAGUUUUGUUCAUUUAUUCCGAUCAUGUUGUAGAAAAAAAAGUUUCAUUUUAAACCAUUAACAUAUUAAAAAAAGGUUAAAAUCGUUUUUUUUAAUUGGUAGGGAUCCACACUUACCGGUCACUUUCGAUAUUUUAUUCCCAAACCAACCACACCUGUGGGCGACCAGGAUAACUCGCACCGUUACCAUAAUUAUCUCAUUGCUCAAUUUUAUUGCUGAAUAAUUAUUUGAACCAUCACCAUCAGUCCCAUCACUGUUGAACCUGCAGCCACUCAUUAACCGAUACCGUGGUACCGAUAGCGAUAGAAAGUUACUGUAAAUGCACCUUCAUUACUGCGCGGGCAGGAGGAACUGUGGCCGGAAGUAAUUGCUAGUGGAAGGGCAGCAAGGGAGGGAGGUAGAGGCUGAAUCAUUUUUGUAUUAUCAUUUUGUUCGCAUUUUUCGCACAUGCCCAUGCGUCAGCCACCACAAUUCGUUGAAUGUUGCAAACGUUUCAUCGCUGGAGAUAACACGUGGAAAUAACAUUAAUCUUAAUGCGUUUUUGAUAAUUUAAUACGUAUGCUGAUUAAAUAAUGUGUCGUGUGAUCGAAUGCAAAUAUGGUUUCUGUAGGAAUUUUUGUUUUUUGCUGUAUUCGUUUAUUAAAAUGGAACAGAAUGCACAUGCAGUUACCACAAGUUAUUUGCAUUAAAUGCAAGUUAAUUAUUUUAAGCAAUACUAACAUGAACGAAAUCGAAAGAAGAAAAAUGACAGCGAGCAAGAGAAAAAAAUAAGAUAGAAAAAAACCGAAUAAACAAUACGACAUUUGAGUAUUUACUUUCCUCCAGCUUUGUCUACGGUGGUGAUUAAAUUGUGGUUCUGUUUCGUAGAAAGUAAACAAUUUUGGCAGAGCGUUUUGGCAACUACAAAAAAAAACAAACAAAUAAAAAGUUUUCCUUUGAAAACGUAAAACAAAUGAUUGCAAAAACAAAGUAAAUUUAACAUUUUACACGUAAGCACGUGUCACAAAAUUUAAGGACUUUUAAUUAAAUAACAUUUAAUCAAAGAUAAAACAACAGCAACAAAAGCUUUGAAAAUCUCAUUUUGGCAUAUAAAAGUGUAUCUAACAAACGUUUGAGGAGAAGGGACACUUUCUAAAUUAAAAUCAUAAUAAAACAUUUAAAAUAACCUCACGUGACUCACAUAUGGAAAGCGACGAAAUUUAGCGUUGCGAGCAAUUUUGAGAGAAGAAAUUGAUAAAAAUCAUAAAUAAACAUUUUAACACACAUGAAAUCAAAAUUCAAAAUUCAAAUAUGAAAGCAGUGUCAUAAAGUAUUAUCACCAAACGUGUGGCGAUGGAGAUAAAAAAAGGAGAAAAAAAGACAGAAAAGGAUAAGAAAACACAUUGAAAGCAAUUAGCUCCUUAAUCUUUGUACCGUUUGGCAGCGCUAGCUGACCAAUUAUGAGAACGAGAGAAAAAAGGAAAGCUAACAUUAAGUGAAACAAAAGAAUGUUGAAGGUGACAUAAAUGAAAGAGAGCUUAAACUAUACCGACGAAGAAAACAAAACACGGUAAGGGAUAUGUAAUACUAAACCGAGAAGUAAAUGAUGCAAUUAGUUUCUGUAAAACAAGAUAACUCAAAACUGAACGAUAGAACAGGAGCAAAUGGAUUUCACAAUGGCACAAUGGGACGGAAGGAUGCAGCAGUGCUGCAGGGUUGCCAAUAAGUUUCUACAGAGCUGGUAAGUGAAACGGUUCGAGUAAUAUGAUCACUGGUGAUUAUCAGCAUGGUCUUGUGCAGUAUGAAGUUAAUUCAAUUGCAUUGACCUAUUGACUAGUUGCAGCUACGGGUCCCGUACGAUUCUGGUGGGAGGUGGGAUAAAAUUUGAUUACCAAUUCAUUUGAUCGAAUCCACUUUGCUCGGCACAUGGAGCUGUUAAGUUAAAAGUCAAAUUGGAACUGACCAUGGUUCGUUUGAAUCAAUUGUGGCAAUUCUUGUUUAACGUGGUUGUCUUUUAAUAUAAUUUUCAUUAUUUCAUUUUCUUUACGAACUUGUAAUCACCAGUGAUCGUGUAGUGGUUGACUUUGUAUGAAAUUGGCCACCAGCUUUUUAAAAAAAACGGGAAAUAUUUGUAUAAAAUUGAACGCGCACAGUUCGAUGCACGAAGAAUACAUUACUACUCAGAUAAUGGAGAAAAAAUGCAGUAAAACAAAAUAAUGAAAGUAACAAGAUAUAAAGUUAAGUUGGAAGUGACAACGUGAUGGGUAUGUUAGAUGGUAAAAUGAGAUGAUUAAUACCUUGAUAUUGCCUUCGAUUAUACAAAGUAAUAAAGUAAACGUGAAAACUUAAAUUAAUUUUUUAAUAAUCAAAUAAACAAAAGAAGCAUACGGAAGUAAACGAAGUACGGAAAAGGGGAGAAGGUGAGAAGAGCAAUUUAAACAAGGGGUAAAAUAGCAAAGCAAAACAGCAAAACACUUACCAAAAAAAAACCCAAAAACAGAUCAGCUAAUGGAAACCAAACAACAAAUAGAGAACAGAAAGAAUUUAAACAAAUCACAUCUUAUAUUUAUACACAGAUAGGAAGAAAGGCAGGAAUUUAUAGGAUGCAGACGAGAAUCAGUCUUACUUUUAGUGUACGGUGAACGUGCAAGCGGAAACGCAUCAGUUGUUGUGUUUUAGCAUUUGCUCACUUUUUGUUACAAUUUUUCUCAAUACAAACGAAUUGUUUUAGUUCGUAAAGUUCCGGUGAAAAUAUGUUACAAUUUGCGUGUGUAACACAACAUUUUAGAAUCAACAAUAUUGCCCGACAACUACAUCGUCAUACGACGCCAAACAAACAAAUAAAAGAAAGCAAAAAAAUAAAACAAAACAAAUCAACAAACAAUAGACUGGCCACAAUUGUUUUGCCAAACAUCCAACCAACAAAUAAAAUAUUGCCCAAAAAUAGCGCCUCGUGAACGAAGAAAAGACAAAUGUUGAAAAAAAAACGGUGUUUAACGAGCUUGAAUGAGUAAAAGAAGAAAAAAAACACAAAAAACGUAUAAAGUUGAAAGGCAAACGAAAAGGAGAACAUCUUAAAGUGCGAAAUAAAAUUAUUUUCAUUUACCAAUACACGAGAAAUCAAAGGUAGUAUCCAGGCAAAACAUACCUACCAUGAGAAAAAAAGAGAAACAGUAACAAACGUGAAACGAGAUUGGUGUGAGAAUCAAAAAGCUAAACGAUAUAAAAUCGUAGACGUUUUGACCCUAGCGAUAUACAACUAAUGGAAAUGGCGCUAUUGAACGCAUUUAAACAAAAAUCUAAUAUAUUUGGCUAAAUUUAAGGAAACAUAAAAAAAUACUAUACUUUAACAAACAUUUCUGCAAACCGACAAAACAAAGAAAACCAAAAAAUACUAUGAAAAAGUCUCAAAUCAAUGUAGUGCGUUUUUAGUAAUAAACGGCAAUUCAGCAAUAUUCAAAGCAAAACCAGCAAACACAGAGAAGAAAACAAGAGUAAACUAUCACUAAUAACAUUACGCAAAAGUAAAGCAAACGUUUGGUCAAUUUUUGAAACUGCGCCGCUCGCUGAGCAUGAAUGUUAGUCACGAGGCUGGAUUACAAUGUUACAAACCUCGUACCCUUCGUUCCCAUACGUCCCUUUCCCUGCGAUGCCAGCUAUCCCUUCCGGAAAAUUGAAGAAAAAAAAUCCUAUAAAAGAUAACUUCCAUUUCCUCCAUUUCGUCCUUAGCAAGGCGUUCGACGUUAGUGAAUGCUGCGUAAAAUAUUGACAGGCCAGUUUAAAGUGUCGCAAUACAAAAAAUUUAAACAAACACACACACACACGAAAACAAAGUAUAAACUAAAAUUAAUAACAAAACAACACACAUCUUCUAAUGGUAUUGUGCUAGAUGGAAAACUGUUCAAUUCGGAUGCUUAGGGCAACAUAUUGGAUAAAAAAGGUGCGAAAAAAAAUGAAACAAGCAAAGAGCAAACAAUAAGUACCGUGGAAUGGAAAGUGUGCAUAAAACGAUGGCAAAAUUUUUCAAAGAAAAGACUAUAAAUUUACCAUAAAAAAAAGAACCGUUCUUCCAUGAUCUCGAAAUACGCUGGAAGAUGUGUGUAUGUGUUGUGUAAGUAUUUUACGGACACACUUUUUAUGUCUCGGUUUUAUCUCAUCAUUUGUGUAUUUUCUUUGUAUGAAAAAUAAAAAUUAGUAAAAAAUAACAA